GCUAUGGUGGGUGUUGCUGUUGACUUGGAAGUUGAAUACUGAUGUCUUCAGAAAUUUACACAUUGCCCUCUGCAGCCUGAUAGCAAAAUAAAUUCCCGGCAUCGACAUAUAUACAUUUAAACAUGGCUGGAGUUUUCAGUGGAUGUCAGAUUGUGCUGGAUCUUACAACAAGUGUUGCCUUCAAGAAGAAGGUGGAAAUAAAGAAGAAAAUUAUAGAAAAUGGAGGAAUUGUGUCAUUUAUUGUUACCAAAAAGAGUACACAUGUUGUUGGCAAUGAUCCUGAAAAGUAUGACAUUUCUUACAAAUGUCAAAUGGCUGCCAAGUAUCGGAUUCCAGUUGUCUCCCCUGAAUUUAUAUGGAGUGCCAUAAAAAUGGGAAAACUGCCAAAUUCUGAUGACUACAUAAUUGGGGGAAGAAGCAAAAAAUCUGAUUUUAAAUCUGGGAAAAUUACAGCAAAUCUCUCAAACACAGCUGAGAAGAAGAAGGCAAAGUCUUUGUUUUCUAUCAAAGGCACCAAAGUUUGGAAAUUUGGUGACAAGGAUGCACCAUUUUUUGAUGAGACAACUUUUGAGAUUGCUAAAUAUGCAGCAUUUCAGGGUUAUGACAAGAAAUCGGAAAGCCAUGUGUUUCAUGUGCUAGAGCUCCAGGCUGCCGACGUGACAUCAAAGAAUGCUGAGAACAGGGAAUUCAAGUUCCGGGUUUUCACACACUACGGCUCCAUCCAGAAGAUUCAGGAAGGUAACCCAGGAAACCAGGAGUGUCGGUACGCUCAAAACGCUGAUGUGGCACUUGCUAUAUAUGGUCAGCUUCACAAGGACCUCAGUAAUCCUACAAGAAAGAUGGAACUUGUUCAAGGAAGUUUACCAAGAGGCAUUGGUUCUGCUAAACUCCAAAAGAUGGUUUCCGAGAUGAUGGUUGAUGAUGAAUCACUAGCGCCCCCUGUUGUUGACCUAAUUGAACACAUUUGGCGAGAGGCUGCGGGUGAGGUUGAAGAGAUUAUUGCAACUCCAGUGAGCAACAUCAAGGUGGAACAGGUUGAAAAGGCUGAAGCCAUCUUGCUUCAAAUCAGAGAAGCAUUUGACAAAUCGUCUGAGGUUCAGAAAUUGCUUGUUGAUUUCUAUGACACUCUAAAACAUACCAGCGAACAGCCACAAAACACAACAGUCACAAAGGCCUGGCUAGCAAAGAAGCAAGAUCUUUGUCAGCUUAUUAAGGAUAUGGUCUCUGUAAACGAGGCUACGAACUGGUCAACCCGGAGCAGCGUGGAGGCAAAGUAUCGAGCACUGAGGUGCAGGAUUGGUCAUCUGGAAACCCAUGACAGCCGGUAUAAAACGGUCAAACAUCUUGUCAUGUCAUCAAUCAUUGGUGAUCUCACAGUUGAAAUUAAAUCCAUCUAUGAAGUUCAGAGGCCGAUUGAAGAUAACAGUUUCCUCCAAGAAAUGUCCAACAAAAGGCUGCUUUUUCACUCAUCCAAGACUGAAAACUUUGUUGGAAUAUUUUCAAGAGGACUGUUGCUACCGAAGAUAGUUGUUGAUGAUUUUGGUGGAACAAGAACGGAUGCCGGCACGUUGGGCAGUGGGGUAUACUUUGCCAGUGCUGCCAGUACAAGUGCAAAGUACUCUCAUCCCAGCAAGACCAAAGGGACACGACUCAUGCUUGUGAACGAAGUUGCUUUGGGUGGCUGUCUGGAUGUGUUUGAAUACAACACAGAGCUGAAGGAACCACCAGAAGGCUAUAACAGUGUUCAUGGAGUCAGGAAGAAGCACAGCAUUGAUUCACAGUUUAAGGAUGAUGAGUACGUGGUGUACUCUCUCAAUCAACAACGGAUCAAAUAUUUGGUUGAAUUUGCUUUGGCUGGAGACACAUUCACCAGCAUCAAUGUGUCUGAGACAGAGACAGAUAUGGAAGACGUUUCAUCGGGAAUCACUGAUAUAGAUUUACGAGAUGUGCAAGGCGUUGAGGAUCCGCUGUCUAAAGUGAAGGCUGGUUUGAUAUGCGACAAACACGAGAAUGCAGUUGACCUUAGAGGUGUUCAUAUUCGGGCCAGGCUUGUCGAUCUGGCUGCGGAGGUGAUAGUGAUGCAGGAGUACUACAACAACCUCGAUGAUGCUGUUGAAGCCAAAUUUAUUUUCCCGCUCGACGACAUGGCCGCGGUGUGUGGGUUUGAAGCAUUCAUCAACGGCAAACACAUCAUUGGAGAAGUGAAGGAGAAGGAGAUGGCUCACAGGGAAUACAAGAAAGCCAUCAGUGAGGGACAUGGAGCCUACCUCAUGGACCGCGACGAAGAGACACCCGAUAUUUUCACAGUAAGUGUGGGAAACCUGCCACCGGGAGCCUGCGUUCUCAUCAAAAUCAUCUACGUUGCCGAACUACAGGUGGAAGGGGAGGUAAUCAACUUCCGGCUGCCUGGAAGUGUGGCACCGUGGAAGGAAGAUUCAGCAACAAAAGAAACAACACAGACCGAGUUGGACACACACAAGGUUGAGACAGGGAAAACGACAGUCCAGGUUUCCAUUGACAUGCCAUUUGACAUACACAGUCUGGAGUGCCCUACACACAAGCUCAGGAUUAAGAAAACUGCCACAAAAGCUGUAGUUAAAAUGAAAGAAGGCCAGUCUUUUAAAGAUGGCUUCCAGCUGCUGAUUGGUCUAGCAGAAAUACACGUGCCCAGGAUGUGGGUUGAGAAUCAUCCCACGAAAUCAGAUCACCAGGCCUGCAUGUUGACAUUUUACCCCGAGUUUGAAGCAGGAGAGCAGGAAGAAGUAGAAAUUGUUUUUCUGUUGGAUCUGUCUAACUCAAUGAAGGGCCAGGCACUUGAAGAUGCCAAGAAGAUUCUGCUUCUCACACUAAAAAACCUGCCAUCUCACGCCUUGUUCAACAUCGUAGUGUUCGGAACAGCCUACAGGGAGCUGUUUCCUGUGAGUGAAACCAACACACCAGCCAAUGCUUCUCGGGCUCACCAGUUUGUUAUGAACUGUUCAGCUAACUUGGGGAACACUGAGGUUUUCAGGCCACUGCAUUCGAACUACCUCCUUUCCUCGGAGAGUUCCAUCAAAAACAUCUUUCUCAUUAGUGAUGGCCAUAUCAACAAUGAGGACAUUGUCCUGAAUGCAGCUCUCAGCCAUUCCACACACACCAGGAUUUUCACUUUUGGAGUCAGCUCAACAUCCAAUGUGCACUUACUGAGAUCUUUAGCAAGAGUUGGAGGAGGAGCAUUUGAAUUCUUUGACAGAAAAGCCAAGUCUAAGUGGGAGAACAAGGUAAAAAAUCAGUUAUCAAAGGCAGCUCAGCCAGGUCUGACAUCUGUGAGUGUUGAGUGGCGACAGUUUGAUGAAGACCCUGCCAGCCUACCCCAGGCCCCUCGACAAAUUACUGCGCUCUUUAGUGGGUCACGACAAGUCGUCUACGGAUAUGUUCCAAACUGUACCAUGGCCACAUUGAAAGCUGUAGUUGGUGGACAAGAAGUGUGUACAGUUGUAUCAACCUCAGAUCUUGGCAUUACAAGGGGACUGACUGUUCACAGGCUGACUGCCAGGGCCAUAAUCCGAGACUGGGAAGAUGGCAUGCUUUCUUCAGACCGCACCAGACAUGAGAUUCUAAAAAUGAACUUGAAACCAUACAUUAUUGACUUGAGCACUGAAUAUUCCAUUGUGACACAAUUCACAAGCUUUGUGGCAGUAGAAAAAAGAGAUGAGGAUGAAAAAGCAGGCAAGUGGACAGUAACUGGACCAACCAUCUCAGAGCUGGUAUCCCAGGAAGUGGUUGAUAUGUUGCCGUACAUGUCGUGGGAACUGGAUGCGAAAGCAACCAAAGAGGACCAUUAUGAGGAGAUGAUUUCCAAAUUAGAAUUGUCUGUGAAAAACUGUACUGAUGAAAAGACUGCAACAGAAAUUUGGAAUGAAGUCCAGAAAAAACUUGAGCCAAGUGAUCCCAAAAUUAUUGAGCUGGCAGAAUCCAUUGGCCAUUCAUUACACAACCUUGGACAUGAGGACAAAGCGAUAUCUGUGUGCCAAGCCGCAUUUGAUGCAGCUGUUGCUGAGCUAGAUACUCUAAGUGAGGAAAGCUACAUGGUGAAAACGAAGAGCUUGAACAAUUUGGCUAAAUUUCUUUCUGAAUUAAAGGAGAUGCAGAGUACAGAAGAAAGUGAAGAUGAGAGUGAAGAAGACAGUUCUUCAAUGUUGGUCGAAGAUGAUGCGAGACAUGUGAUUCUUACAACACUAACAGGAAAAUCUAUCGGCUUUGAUUUGACUCCUUUCAACACCAUCGCUGAUUUCAAAGCAAAGAUCCAAGAUGCUGAAGGAAUUCCACCCGACCAGCAGCGACUGGUGUUUGGGGGCAAACUGCUCGACAAUGAUGACGGAACUCUGGCUGACUAUAGCAUUACUGAUUAUUCCACAGUGUUCCUAGUUUUAAGGUUGAGAGGAGGACCAGCAGAGCAAGGACCAGGAUAUCAAGGAGCAGACAACAAGUCUAAAGAACAUGAAGAAGAUGACGGCAACAUGGAAUUGGAAUCAGAAGAUGAGUCGGAAGAGGAAUCAGACGAGAGAGAGGAAUCUGCUGAAUGGCUGGCCAGGAUUUCAUUGUUUGAUUCAGAUAAAAAAUCCAAGAGAUUGAGAUCAAGGUCAAGGUCAAGAUCAAGAUCAAGAGAGUUAAUUAAAACAGACGGAAGGGAAGAGGAAUCAGAAGAGGUAUCUGAAGAGGAGAUGGGGUUUUCAUUCUUUGGAGGGGAGGAAGAACCAAUGUCGACAGAACAAAUGAAGAUGCCAUUUGAUAUAUCUGAGAUAGAUGAAUCACAACUGAGAUUGAAGUCAUCCUUAGCAGACUUUCAAUGGGAUGAUUCAUCAGAUUCGGAUUCUGAAGAAGAUGAAGAACAGUCUUCUAGUGAUGAAGUUGAGUGUCAUUAUGGUAACUUUUCUUUUGACUGUGGUAAGUUUCUUACUUCCAUUCAGCUUUUUCUGUUGUUAUGGACAUUUCUGUGAUAACAUAGUUACAUCUAUCCACAAGUUAAACCACUUGAGUGUUACUAAAACUGAUCUAGAAAUUUAGGUUGUUGACCAUUAUAGGUAUGCCCACUUAUUAGCUAGUAAAGAUAACAGCUGCUGCUUUUAAUACUUUGUUUUGCUCAGUUUGUAUUCUGUGAAUAGGUAUUUAAUAUAUGCCUGUAGCUUGUUUGACAGUUCACUUUAUUUAUUAAUGAGGGGCAGGACAUAGACCAGUGGAAAAGUCUUCAUCUGAUGCUCGUCAGUGGGCCCAUGCAUUGAGACAUUUCUUCAGGCCUUGACCUUAACAUUUUUCAGUGGUAACCUGCUGGGCUACCAGGUUAUGAAAUCUGGUAGCUCUAAGUAAAAAUUGA